GCGCUGCGGGCGCUGGGAGACCGCUACGUGCGCGACGAGUUCCGGCGGCACCGGGAGGUCGGCCCAGCCGAGGCCCAGCGCUUCCUGCAGGAAUGGGAGGACUAUUCAGCAACACUAUGGCAGCAAGUUAGUGAAGGACAACACUCAAGAGAAAAGGUUCGGUUUGGAACCCACCUUUCAGAAGAGAAGCUUAAUCACUUUCGUGGUGAACAGAUUGGACAGCUACAAGAAUUGAUGCAAGAAGCUACUAAACCUACUAAGCAACUGAAUAUUUGUAAUGACUCAGAACAGAAGAAUUAAUUUGGGUUUUUUUUUCCUAAAAUGCACGUAAAAGCAGUUCAUGGAGCCUCCUUUUUCAAUUGGAAUAGAAUCUGACUAUUAAAAAUGAAAGAUGAUGAUGAUACAUAGUUCUUUAUUUUACAUCUGACUUGUGGUUAUGCAGGGGGAAAUAUCAAAAUUCCCAUUAUGUUAAUUAUGGCAUGUAUUUGCACUUAGUGGGCCUUAGAAAACUUGCUGAUGCCUAAAGAUUUGCUAACAUUAAAAUUGGCAUGCUUUAGAAUAAACUGUUUCAUGGCCUCAUGCUUGGUUUUUGGGUUUUAGUCCUUGCUGAUACUUUGGUACUUAUUAGUAUGCUACUGAUUAGAUUUAACUGCACUGGAAAUAAAUAAACCAUGUUUAGAAGAAUGUG